UUUUACUCUUUUGGUAAUCGUUUGCUUUCCCAUAUUCAGAAGCCAAGCGAGUACAGGCUAGCCAAGACUUCCUUCCCAUGUCCAGCAAUGGGUCCCUUCUCAUGCGAGCCGAAUUCCUGGGACCCCGUGGUGUGGAGACCGGGCCGCUUUGUCUUCUCCCGUACCCUUCCUUCUUUGGCAAAUAAGAAAAUCACAAGACACACAUACAUACAGAAUCAGCCGUCCCACUCGUCCGUCCGACAGAGACUUGCCUGAAAGCUGAGGCCCGGCUCAUCUCAUUCAGCCCCAGUCCAAGACCUCCUCACAAGAUCUCAGCCACGGCCCAGACGAGCCCGCCAAGCCAGCACUGAAUGGCUGGAGCCGUCGACGGGCUGCUUGGUCUCCUUGGCCCAGAGAUCUUGGACCCGGAAGAAGAAGCCUUUCUGCUCUUCUCCCAGAGCAUCCCAUCCAACAACGAGCUGGGCAUCGUCGACCCGAAGUCAUCCACCGUCGAGCUCACCGUCAAUGGCCGUGACCUGACCGUCACGCAGUCCCCCAGCGUCCUGUCGUCAAACAGGGCUGGGGGGACCACGGGGGCAGUGGUGUGGAAGGUAACGCCCAUGUUCGCCUCCUGGCUAGCCUCACCCACAAACAUCCUCUUCCGGGCCGGCGUCCUCUCAUCAUCCUCCACCGUCCUGGAGUUAGGCUGCGGCGUCUCCGCCGUGGUAGGCCUCGCCCUCGCCCCGCUCGUCUCCCGCUACGUGCUGUCAGACCAGCCCUACGUCGCCCGGUUCGUAGAGCAGAACCUGGAGCAGAACCGGAAGGCCCUGGCACCGUCGGGUAGGCAGCACCAACCCGCCGGCAAGCGCGGCAAGGGGGCCAAGGCUGGUGGUGCUUCUUCCUCUUCGUCGUCGUCAUCAGGCACGGGUGCGGCCGGGAACAUAGCCUUCCACCCCCUAGACUGGGAGGCCGACACCCCGACCGCCGAGCUAACCGGGCGCGGCGCGGCAGCGAGGUCCUUCGACCUCGUGCUCGGCUGCGACUGUGUCUACAACGACGCGCUGGUCCAGCCCUUUGCGCAGGCGUGCCUGGACGCGUGCCGGCUGCGGUCCGUCGACGGCGACAGCGGGGAGCCGUGCGUGUGCCUUGUUGCCCAGCAGCUGCGGUCCCCGGACGUCUUCGAGGCCUGGCUGCGCGAGUUCUGCGCCAGGGGGUUCAGGGCCUGGAGGGUCCCCGAUGCCGAGCUGCCCGAGGGGCUGAGGAGCGAUAUGGGGUUUGUCGUCCACGUCGGUGUCCUCAAGUGAGCGGGGGCGCGGGUGUAAUGAUGAUGCGGCGGGAGCAAUGCGGAACCCGAGGCUGGCAUGUUGCUUGUGAGGUACUAUGGCCUUCGCAGG